UCUUCAAGUCAUAUGUAUAGGACUCGCGCCCAAAGGGCCAAGCCAGAAAAAACCUACACAAACACCCCAAAGAGUCAGCGGAAUCACAACAAGAGAGAUUUCCAUGGAUUCCCACAUAGAGAGGGUUCUCUGGACCCAAGACCAGAUCGCCGCCCGAGUCUCCUCCCUCGCCUCCCAAAUCUCCGCCGACCUCUCCGCCCUCUCUCCGCCUCCCUCCGUCGCCGUCGUCGGCGUUGCCACCGGCGCAUUUCUCUUCCUCGCCGACCUCGUCCGCCUCAUCCGCCUUCCCGUCUCCGUCGACUUCGUCCGCGCCGAAUCCUACGGCUCCGGCACCGAGUCCUCCGGCCGACCGAGAAUCUCCUCCGGUUUGAAGCUCGAUGUCAAGGGAAAGCACGUAAUCCUGGUUGAGGACAUUGUGGAUACGGGAAGCACAGUGGCGUGUCUGGUGGAGCACUUGAAAUCCAAAGGAGCGACGUCUGUAUCGGUGUGUACUUUUCUUGAUAAACCAGCGAGGAGAAAAGUUCAGUUUGAGCUUGUUGGCCAGGGCAAGUUUUAUGCUGGAUUUGAGUGUCCAGAUUACUUUGUUGUGGGAUAUGGGAUGGACUUUGCCGAAUUAUACAGGAAUCUGCCUUAUGUUGGUGUUUUGAAACCUGAACAUUACAAGUGAUUUGAAAUUCCAAAUCGAUUGAGACCGUGCUAAAAUACUCAGAGUUGAAUUUUCCUUGUCACUUUUUAUGAACUUCA